GGGCGCAAACUCAUCUCACGCCUUCUUGACAGCUACUUCCAUAGCAUUUCGGCUGUAUUCUUUUUCAUUUUUCUAAAAUAAGCUCCCCUAGUCCGAGACCUUUCCCAUUCUGCCCCUAAAGAUUUGCAAUCAUUGCGAUUUCCCGUCCUCUCCUCUCCUUCUCCCACCCCCCUCUGUCUGGCCUCUUGUCUUCCUUCGAUGGCUCAGAAAUUAUUCGGGCGUUGGUUUUGAAUUUUAUCUGUUGUUCGAGAAUCCGUUCGAAAAAGUGAGCGAGCAAUGAAAGGCAUCUCGUCGGCGCCGGGAGAUUACGUCCACUUCAAGUCGCAGGUCCCACUUUACAAGAUCUCCAUUGGAUCUAAACAAUGGAGGUACUAUGAUUUUGGUCCCAAGUCUGUGCUUCCCCUCAUCUGCAUCCCUGGAAUUGCAGGAACUGCUGAUGUCUACUACAAACAGAUCAUGUUCCUGUCCUUGAAGGGUUAUCGAGUGAUUUCUAUUGAUAUACCUCAGGUUUGGAAUCACCACGAGUGGAUUCAUGCUUUUGAGAAAUUCUUGGACACAAUCAAUGUUCAUCAUGUUCAUCUCUAUGGAACAUCUCUUGGGGGAUUUCUCGCACAAAUUUUUGCUCAACACCGACCAAGGCGUGUUAAAUCAUUGGUUCUAUCAAAUACUUUUCUAGAGACGCACAAGUUUGCGGCUGCCAUGCCAUGGUCUCCAAUUGUUAGUUGGACUCCUUCAUUUUUGCUGAAGAGACACAUCUUAACAGGAAUUCAUGAUGGUCCACAUGAACCAUUUAUAGCUGAUUCUGUGGACUUCGUUGUUGGCCAGGUUGAGAAAUUGUCAAGAGAGGAUAUUUCAUCAAGGUUAACUUUGAAUGUGAAUGUCACGUCAGUUGGUCCUCUCUUACUACCAGAUUCCUUUAUCACUAUAAUGGAUACAAACGACUACUGUGCUGUUCCACAAGAACUGAAAGAUCAAGUGAGUGAAAGAUACCCUGGAGCAAGGCGAGCAGUAUUAAAGACUGGCGGUGAUUUUCCAUUUCUUUCUCGCCCGGAUGAGGUUAACUUAUACCUUCAGCUUCAUCUGAGACGAGUAGGACUCGAAGCAAAACCAGCUCUCCUACAAGGUGUUUCAGGAGAUGGUAGUUCCGGGAGUUCUAGUGAUGAGAAGAAAGGUGGAGGGCACUUGGAUAAACCCCCAGAAGACCAUGGUAGCCCUGGGGCAGGUGAUGGUGGUGAUCAUCAGCCUCAAGCUUCAGGAUCUGAAGUUCAUGGUUUGGAUGAACAGUUCUUGAGUAAUAGAGAGAUUACCAGCAUGACCCUUGGGACUUUAUUCUUUCUCAUGCAAGCGCCAUAUAUCCCAUCUCUACUGGAAUUCUACAAGGGUGCAUUGUACAUUACUUGCAAACGGCGGUCAGAAUUUGUGUAAAAUAUGAAAGUCAUUUGCUGAAUGUUACUGUUCUCCAGUGCCUGGGCAAAAUAUACCGUCUCGUUACAGUGGUUGGAAUGUUAUUCUUCCAGAAUGGCCAUGGGCUGUAACAUAUAGGCACCCUUCUGUCCUUUCCAUUUCCUUUUUGAGAUUACCUUGGUCGAAUGCCAUGAGUGCAUGAAUUGUGCAUUUCUCUGAUCUAGGAAAACCACUUAUAUUCUGAAAUUUGAUUUUUUUUUUAAUUUUCAAUUUUGUAAAGAGUUAAUUGAUGAGAAUCUUGUACCGGAGUUGUUGAAUGUAUUAUUCUGUUAUGAUCAUCAACUCUGGA